AUAAGUCGUGUGAAAGUUUUUGAUUCCAAAUUUCCGAUAAAGUUGAGUUCUUUCCAUAUUUUCCACGCACCCCUCGUCAACUUCAUCACUAACAAUAAAUCGCCGUUCAAACCCGAUGUCCAGGGCUUUCUCUAUUUCUCCCUUGUUAUAUUCCAAUCGAAUUACACCUUCAAGAUUGAUUGUUAGAAUGUCAGCUACAGCUACAAGAAACGUGGGAAUGUCAGUUGGGUCCCUGGUGGUGAAGCCUCCCGCACACCCCACUUAUGAUUUGAAGGGCGUAAUACAACUUGCCCUCUCAGAAGAUGCCGGGGAUCGAGGAGAUGUGACUUGUAAGGCAACCAUUCCUGCUGAAAUGGAAGUGGAAGCCCAUUUCUUGGCAAAGGAGGAUGGGAUUGUGGCUGGAAUUGCACUUGCAGAAAUGGUAUUUGGCGAGGUCGAUCCUUCCCUGAAGGUUGACUGGUACAGAAAAGAUGGGGAUAGUGUACAUAAAGGCCUCCAAUUUGGCAAAGUACAUGGAAGAGCCCACAGUAUUGUUGUAGCUGAAAGGGUUGUACUUAACUUUAUGCAAAGAAUGAGUGGAAUAGCUACUCUAACUAAGGCUAUGGUAGAUGCUGCGCACCCUGCUUACAUUUUAGAGACGAGGAAAACUGCUCCAGGUUUACGUUUGGUGGAUAAAUGGGCGGUCUUAAUAGGUGGGGGUAAGAAUCACAGAAUGGGUUUAUUUGAUAUGGUCAUGAUAAAAGACAAUCAUAUAUCUAUUGCUGGAGGUAUCAUAAAUGCCCUGAAAUCUGUGGACCUCUAUUUGCAGCAAAAUAAUCUUAAAAUGGGUGUUGAGAUUGAAACCAGGACUCUCCAAGAAGUAAAUGAGGUAUUGCAUUAUGCAUCUCAAACGGAAACUUCUAUAACUAGGAUAAUGCUGGACAAUAUGGUUGUUCCCUUGUCUAAUGGGGAUGUUGAUGUAUCAUUGCUUAAAGAAGCUGUAGAGUUGAUUAAUGGGAGAUUUGAGACUGAGGCAUCUGGGAAUGUUACUCUUGACACUGUAAACAAGAUUGGACAAUCCGGGGUGACCUACAUUUCUAGUGGUGCUCUGACCCAUUCUGUGAAAGCACUCGACAUUUCCCUGAAAAUUGACACAGAGCUCGCACUUGAAGUUGGGAGGCGUACAAAACGAGCAUGAUAUUCCUCUAUUCACACAAAAAGACAAGUAAACCAUGCAUCUCUUCUCAUAGAUUAAAAUGAUAAGAGACUACCAAAAUGUAUGAAAUGCAAAAGAUCGAUCGCCCUUUCCACUUAAGAAAUGCCUUCCAAGAAACCAUUUGCUAGAUUGUGCUCAAAACAAUGAUAUAUAGAACUUCCGACCGAGACAAAUAAGCUGUCAAAUAAGACGGUGAAAAUGAAAGUUCGUAGCUUUUGGGAUUUUCUCUUGGUACCUUUACAUAUUCACUUGUAUUAUGAUUGUUUUUCAUGAAUAAGAUUUGGCAAUUUGGGAUUCCUCUA